AAAUAAUUACCAUUUCCUUUCUGCUGGACAGGCUUUCUUAAUCACAAUAUGCCCGGCAUAGCAGAUCCUAGCGACCUUAGCACACGCUCGAAGAAGCGCAAGCAGUCCUCAAAGGAAGCCAAUCCCUCUUCCAAGCGUCGGGCCGUUGCAAGCGAUAAGAUCAAUGGAGAGCAGGCGAAGAUCGAGGAAUUGGAGGCGCAGAUCUCGGAGUCGAGGAAAUACUACAACAACAUCGCAACUUUGAUUUCCAUGCUGAACAGCGAUGAUCAGCCGAACCUCGCUGUCGCUGUUUCUCUCUGUCGCGUGUUCUGUCGGCUUAUCGCCGGUGGUGAUUUACAGCAGUCGUCGAGAGCUGCUGAGCAGGAGCAGAUUAUCGUGGCUUGGUUGAAGGAAAGAUUACAGGAAUACCAGGCUUUUCUUCUAAAGACUAUCCGUCAUUCUGAUUCUUCCUCGCAGAUUACUUCCUUGACCUUGUCGAUGCGGAUUAUCAGCACCCGUGCUACCCAUAUACCAGAAGCAGAAAUCCAAGCAUGGACAACCGGUCUUUUUUCUUCUGUCUUCGAGGCUCUGGUCGAAGCCGAGGAUGGCCAGGGAGUACGGACAGAGUUUGUUGAGAAGUUCAUGAAAGAAUACGACGACGUUAGAUUUUAUACCUUUCAAAAGAUCUCAACAUACGCAGCUGAAAAUCGCCCUGCCGAAACCAUCGAAGUACUCAUCUGGAUUCUCUCCCAAUGCGACUCUACAAUCCCCCAAGACCACACGUUCACCAGUUUCUACGGCAAAACUCCAAGCGCACAAAAAGCGCAAAAGAAUCCUCUCUUAUCUGUGAAUGGCCACAAGAGACGAGCGCAAGAGGCCUGGCUGGCCAUUCUUCGCAACAACCUUUCCGAGUCCCAGCGAAAAGCCCUCCUCAAAAAGAUCACUCACACCAUCGCGCCGUGGUUCUUCCGUCCGGAGCUAUUGAUGGACUUCUUAACCGACUCGUACAAUUCCGGCGGAUCUACCGCGCUUCUCGCUCUAUCUGGUCUCUUCUACCUGAUCCAGGAAAAGAACCUGGACUAUCCACAGUUCUACCCAAAGCUAUACUCGCUUCUAGACUCAGAGCUUCUCCAUUCAAAGCACCGCUCGAGAUUCUUCCGUCUUUUGAACUCGUUCCUCGCAUCAACACAUUUGCCCACUACCCUUGUUGCCAGCUUCAUCAAACGCUUGUCUCGGCUCGCAUUAAACGCACCGCCGAGUGCCAUCGUUGCCAUCGUCCCAUUCAUCUACAAUCUCCUAAAAGACCACCCUACCUGCACAUUCAUGCUCCAUCGCACUCUUCAGGACAACAAAGCAAAAGCCAAAAUAGAGGCCCACGGCAUGAGCGAUCCCUUCAACCCCGACCAACCAGACCCAACCCUCACUCACGCCAUCGAGAGCAGUUUAUGGGAAAUCGAGACCCUGCAAUCUCAUUAUCACCCGAAUGUGGCCGCGAUUGCGCGGAUUAUAUCAGAACAGUUCACGAAGCAAUUGUAUAAUCUUGAAGAUUUCCUGGACUAUAACUACCAUGGUAUGCUUCUGGCGGAGUUGGGGGCUGAAGAGAAAACGUUCAAGAAAGCUCCGGUCGUGGAGUUUCAGAUACCCAAACGGAUCUUCACGGAUAGGUUGUUAGAGGAAGAUAAUGGCGAGGACAGCGCGCCGGGAAGUCUGCUUAGAAGAUUGUGGGAUUUUAGUUCCUAGUUUAAUACAUUGACACAUACGAGGAAUGCUGGGGAUGUAACCUCUACUAGAGUAAAUAUCUAUGCAGAUCAAUACUUUAUUCC